CUCCUCGCUCUCAUUUGGGCAAUAAUGCUUUGGACGCCGGCGAGGUGGCCACCGGUGCUUGUUCUCAUUUAAGUAGUCACAAUGUUAUCGAUCUCACCAGUGAUGGUUGUAAUCGUUCGUUUACUAAAGCCAUUGGGAGAACGGGGAGGAGCGUGGCGCAUGGGCCCUGCCCAUGCUAUCUCACCUCAGCCACCGCAGGCAGCGCAGCCAGAUGUUACCAGUCACCCGGGAUUACUGAUGGGGCCAUGGCCCUCACAGGUUGUUAUUUCAGGCAUACCCGCUCCAGUCCUGGGCAUGCCAUGGUUCUGGGCAGGAGGAGGGAGGGAGAGAUGGCACAAGGCAACAAACACGUGAACAAAAAUUAUCUGGAUAAGGAUUUGGCCUCUGUUUAUCUAACAACUAAGCUUAAGGAGCCGGCUGCUCCUCCACAGAGAAUAUCAGUGUUGGCAGGCCGAGAACAGAGCGCUCAACCCCGGGUAGAGAGUAAGGGGUUACCCUGGGGGUCUCUCCCCGGAACGAGGUGUUGUGGUUUGCAGCGGAUGGAUAUGGGGGGAGGACUUUCAGCCAACGUUAUGGGUCCCAGGGGAAGCAUAGAAGUGAGUAAUCUCGACAUCCAAUUUCCCCCCACCACAAAUAUCACUGAUAGUCUAUGUUUGCCAUCUAACGGAACCGGUAAUGAAAACAGAAAUUCUACUAGCUCAUUUUCCUUAUUCCAUGACGACAUACAGGCAGCAGAAUCGGCUGCUCGAGCCAAUGUUCCUUAUCCUCAGUCUGAGCCAGCUCACAAUGAGUCAGCUAUCGUCACGCCUAUAUUGUCUUCCAUCACCGCUCUCACAAUAUCAMCCUCGGUACACGCUGGUGCAAUUAAGUCUGGUGUUACUCACAGGGAUCUCGUUAUCACAAACCCCUUCUCAUUCUCCAUGGAGCUCAAUCUGAUUAAACGGGAUAGUGACUCAGACUCACAUUCCCAGCCACGGACAAGCCUCCUCUACAGACCCCCUCCUCUUCAAAUAGGUUCAGCACCACAGGCACAAUGGACAGCACCCAUGAAAACCUCUACCCAGCUUUCUCCAAGUAAACAUGCAUAUUCGGCUCACCACUUUCAGCCAUUUUUGGGGGAGAAUGUUCACAACGUCAAUAAUAAUAACAAUAUCAGAAAUUACAACCAGAACCACAACAACAACAACAACAACAACAACAACAACAACAAAGAGGAGAAUAUUCAGAUGAAUGAUGAAAGAAAUGGUGUCAAUAGUAGACAGGCGUCAGUGGAUCUGAGCGGACCAUGCUCACAGACACAGCUGGGCUUGGUCCCUGAAGAAUUGCUCGACACUGCGUGUGUUGACAGCAGCUCAGGCGACAGCUUAACUACUGUCCAGGGGGGCACUCGCCUGCAAUUAAAAUCAGGUAAACUGGUGUCAUUACAACAGGAAGGUGUCAGUCAGCCAGAAAGGCAUAUGGGGGGCGAAGUUGAUGAGGGGUCUGGGGGAGGCGAAUUACAGGCGGGGGAGGGAGAGAGACAGGCCAGAGAGGCAUGGAGGGAGGAAGUGGAGGAGUGGGAGUCAGAGGGAAUAAGAAAGGGAGCCACAGCCCAGACAGAUGCAACUGUAGAGGCAGAGGGAGAGAGAGAGAAGGGUCAGGAGAGGGCCAGCCUCACACAGACACAGAGUGGAGCAGGAGGAAAAGGGGAGGGGGAGAGAGUGUGGCAGGGGCCUGAAAGCACACAGGAAGACGAGGAGGAAAGGCACAGGUCAAGGGGAGAGAGAAGCUUGGGAAGGCAGACCGUGGAAGAUGAAGGUGAGGAGGACAGAGGGAAAGAGGUUUUGGUGGUGGGGCGCGCUCGCCGAGCUGCCAACAGACACCCUCACUUCUCCCAGUAUAACUUCCAGGUGCAGGUUCCAGAAAACCAGCCCCCAGGCUCCUCAGUCAUAGCCAUGUCAGCCACCGACCCAGACGCAGGUGAAGCAGGCAGGCUCAGCUACACCAUGGCCCCUCUCAUGAACAGCAGAUCCACUGACUACUUCCACAUCGACCCCGACACAGGCCUCAUCACCACCUCCCAGGUGCUGGACAGGGAGCACAUGGACCUGCACUACUUCCGGGUCACGGCGUCAGACCACYGCUCUCCACGCCUCUCUGGCACCACCAUGGUGGCAAUCACUGUGGCCGACCGCAAUGACCACUCGCCUAUCUUUGAGCACACCGAGUACCGGGAGACCAUCCGGGAGAACGUGGAGGAGGGCUAUCCCAUCCUGCAGCUCCGAGCCACUGACCUGGAUGCCCCGUCCAAUGCCAACAUCCGCUACCGCUUCAUAGGAGACACAGCUGCUGCGGCCCGGGCCGCAUUUGAGAUUGACCCCCGCUCAGGGCUGAUCACCACGCGGGGCGUGGUCGACCGGGAGACCAACGAGCGCUACACCCUCCACGUGGAGGCCAGCGACCAGGGAAGGGAGCCCGGGCCGCGCUCGGCCAUCGUUAAGGUCUUCAUCACAGUGCUGGACGAGAACGACAACGUGCCCCAGUUCAGCGAGAAGCGCUAUGUGGUGGCGGUCAGGGAGGACAUCCGGCCCCACUCGGAGAUCCUGAGGGUGAGCGCUACGGACCAUGAUAAGGAUAGCAACGCGGCUGUCCACUACAACAUCAUCAGUGGGAACAGCCGGGGCCAGUUCUCAAUCGACAGUGUGACGGGGGAGAUCCAGGUAGUUGCCCCUCUGGACUUCGAGGCAGAGAGGGAAUACACUCUGAGGGUUCGAGCCCAGGACAACGGCCGGCCACCCCUCUCCAAUAACACAGGUAUCAUCAGCGUGCAGGUGACCGACGUCAAUGACAACCCUCCCAUCUUCGUGUCCACGCCGUUCCAGGCGUCAGUGCUGGAGAGCGCCCCCGUGGGCAGCUCCAUCCUCCACAUCCAGGCCAUCGACACCGACUCUGGGGACAACGCCCGUCUGGAGUACAGGCUGACUGGCACCAGCCCUGACACGCCCUUCGUCAUUAACUCCGCCACCGGCUGGGUGACGGUCAGUUCGGCUCUCGACCGGGAGUCUGUGGAACACUUCUUCUUUGGGGUGGAGGCCAGAGACUAUGGCAUCCCACUUCUCUCUGCCACAGCCAGCGUGACCAUAACAGUGAUGGACGUCAACGACAACAGGCCAGAGUUCCUGCAGAAAGAGUACUUUGUGAGGCUCAACGAGGAUGCAGCUGUAGGCACCAGUGUGGUCAUUGUGACCGCGGUCGACCGUGAUGUCAACAGUGCGGUCACCUAUCAGAUCACGGGGGGCAACACGCGUAACCGCUUUGCUAUAAGCACAGCCGGAGGGUCGGGGAUGCUCUCUCUAGCACUGCCGCUCGACUACAAACAGGAGCGCCGAUACGUUCUGACUGUGACGGCUUCCGACCGCACGCUACAUGACACGUGCCAGGUCCACGUCAACAUCACGGACGCCAACACACACCGGCCCGUGUUCCAGAGCGCUCACUACUCAGUGACCGUGAACGAGGACCGCCCCCCGGGCAGCACGGUCGUGGUCAUCAGCGCCACGGAUGARGACGUUGGUGAAAACUCUCGCAUCACCUACUUCCUGGAAGACAACAUCCCCCAGUUCCGCAUUGACCCGUCCAGCGGAGCCAUCACCCUGCAAGCCGAGCUGGAUUACGAGGACCAGAUGACCUACACACUGGCCAUCACCGCACGGGACAACGGCAUCCCACAGAAGUCUGACACCACCUACGUAGAGGUGAAUGUGAACGAUGUGAACGACAACGCACCACAGUUCCUCAGCCCCAGGUACCAGGGCACCYUCAGUGAAGACGCCCCACCCUUCACUAGCGUGCUACAGAUAUCCGCAAUGGACCGAGAUGCCCACGCCAACGGCCGCGUCCAGUACACCUUCCAGAAUGGGGAGGACGGUGACGGAGACUUCACCAUCGAGCCCACAUCGGGCAUCGUACGCACYGUCCGRCGUCUGGACCGCGAGAGUGUCCCAUUCUAUGAGCUGACGGCGUACGCCGUGGACCGUGGUGUGCCUCCCCAGCGGACGCCCGUCCACAUCCAGGUGACGGUUCUCGACGUCAACGACAACGCUCCUGUCUUCCCGGCAGACGACUUUGAGGUUCUGGUGAAGGAGAACAGCGCUGUGGGGUCGGUGGUGGCCCAGAUCACAGCCACAGACCCAGACGAGGGGACCAAUGCCCAGAUCAUGUAUCAAAUCGUAGAAGGUAACAUCCCUGAGAUCUUCCAGAUGGACAURUUCUCCGGGGAGCUCACCUCCCUCAUCGACCUGGACUACGAGGCCCGCUCUGAGUACGUGAUCGUGGUCCAGGCCACCUCAGCCCCCCUGGUGAGCCGGGCCACGGUGCGCAUCCGGCUGGUGGACCAGAACGACAACCGGCCCCAGCUCCAGGACUUCCAGAUCGUCUUCAACAACUUUGUGUCCAACCGCUCCAACAGUUUCCCCAGCGACGUGAUCGGCCGGGUGCCGGCCCACGACCCCGAUGUGUCAGACCACCUGUACUACUCCAUUGCCCGGGGAAACGACCUACACCUGCUGCUGCUCAACCACAGCAGCGGGGAGAUCCGGCUGAGCCGCAAGCUGGACAACAACAGAGCCUUGGUGGCCCCCAUGCUCAUCACUGUCACAGACGGUAUCCACAGCAUCUCGGCCCAGUGCAUCCUCCGAGUGCUCAUCAUCACAGAGGACAUGUUGAGCAGCAGCGUGACGGUGCGCCUUCAAAACAUGUCCCAGGACCACUUCCUGUCCCCUCUGCUUGGUCACUUCCUGGAGGGGGUGUCGGCGGUGCUGUCCGUCCCUCCGGAGGACGUGUUUGUUUUCAACAUCCAGCCGGACGGCGAGGCGGGGGGCAUCCUGAAUGUUAGUUUCACCGCGGCGCUGCCAGGGGGUAACUUCUUCCCCUCCGAAGCCCUGGAAGAGCAACUCUACCUCAACCGGCCCCGCCUCACCUCCCUGGCACAGAUGGAGGUGCUUCCGUUCGAUGACAACGUGUGUCUGCGGGAGCCGUGUCAGAACUACAUGAAGUGCGUCUCCGGUGCCUUCGCUUCAACAGCUCUGCUCCCUUAUCUCCUCUCCCUCCGUCCCUGUUCCGGCCCAAUACCACCCCAUCGCCGGCUGCGCUGCCGCUGCCCCGCAGGCUUCACCGGGGACCUACUGCGAGACGGAGAUCAACCUGUGUUACUCCAACCCCUGUUUCAAACGAGGGCUUGUGCUUCGCAGCGGAGGAGCCGUACACUCUGCAAUCUGCAAGAGAAGACAUACACCAGCCCUCCAAAGAGGCCCGAGUGUGAGCGGACCUCGCUGACCGCCCCAUCAGUCCGUUCUGAUGAGAAGGACGGCUCUGGCCCUCGAAGUCCUAGGCCUACGCCUUCUGGUAUGACUUGUGACGACGGCCCGUUUGUGCCGUCGCGCUUCCACACCGAGAUACAGCACGAUCCAGAGGACGGUCCCGGCCACUACGACGUAGUUGAGUUGGACAGCGUCAGAGGUCGCUGUGUUCCCGGGGCUGUUCGGAAUGGGGGACGAUGCAAGAGCUGUCUGGAGGGGUUCCGCUGUGAGUGCCCGCAGGAGGGUGCGAGCGGCCCUACUGCGCAUGUCCCCGCACGCUCCUUCCCCCCCAAGUCCUUUAUCAUGUUCCGAGGCCUCCGCCACAGAUUCCACCUCUCCAUCUCUCUCACCUUUGCCACCCUGGAGAACAGUGGCCUCCUCUUCUAUAACGGACGCUUCAACGAGAAACACGACUUCCUGGCUCUGGAGAUCUUGGAGGGCCAGGUGGUGCUCAAGUACUCCACAGGUGAAUCGUCCACUCAGGUGAGCCCCUUCCUACCUGGGGGCGUAGCCGAUGGCAACUGGCACACCGUCCACAUCCACUACUACAACAAGCCCAAGCGCAGUGUGAGCGGGGAGGCCCAGGGUCCGUCUGAUGAGAAGGUGGCGGUGGUCAGUGUGGAUGACUGUGACACGGCCGUGUCGCUGCGCUUCGGAACACAGCUCGGCAACUAUAGUUGUGCUGCUCAGGGCAAGCAGACCAGCUCCAAGAAUGCCCUCUGGUGGGACCUGAAGAAUGACGUGACCAUCUCCACUCCCUGGUACCUGGGGCUGGUGUUCAGGACGCGGGCCAGGGAUGGCACCCUGCUGCAGGCACAGGCCGGACAGUACACCAGCCUGGUCUUCCAGCUGGUGAGCGGUCAGCUGGUGUUCUCAGUGACCAAGGGGUCGACGCGGCCAGUGCGCCUGCGUCUGGACCAGGUGCAGGUGAGCGACGGACGCUGGCAUGACCUGCAGCUGGAGCUCCGAGACGUCCGCAGCGGGAGGGAGACGCGRUACGUGGCUACUGUCCGCCUCGACUUCGGCCUCUUCCAGGCAGUGAUGAACCUGGACCGUGUGGAGAACCACACCCACGUGCGUCGACGUUUCCCUCGCUACCAAAGCCCUCUGUUCCGCGGCCAGGCUCUCUGGGACCCCCACACCACACGUGGUGCUGCCCCCUGCUGCCCUGGUGCCACAACGACACCAGUUUUCCGCUUCACAGAACACAGUUCCUGCCCCCGUCAGUAUGUUGGCCAAUCAGACAGGGGAAUAUGCUGCGGCCAGCCGUUCUGUUCGCUGCCGGAGCCGCCCGUCACCAUCGUCAUCAUGCUGAUCUAUCGUAGCCUUGGACCGGCACUCCCCCAAGUACCACCUGACAGACGAGGAGUCAGACUCCCCAGACAUCCGGUGAUGAACUCUCCAGUGGUCAGUGUGUCUGUCUACAACAACCAGACGUUUCGGGGGUCCCCUGGACUCGCCCUGCAGCUGGAGUUCCGUCUGCUGGAGACCACCAAUCGUAGCAAGCCCCUGUGUGCGUGGAACCACAGCAGCCCGUUGGAGGCGGGAGGUUGCUGGACGGUGAGGGACUGCAUCGUAGUAUACAGGAACACGUCCCACGUGCGUUGCCAGUGUCAGAGGCUGGGCACCUUUGGUGUCCUGAUGGACAGCUCCCAGAGAGAACAGCUGGAGGGGGAUCUGGAGACCCUGGCCCUGGUCACCUACUCCUCCCUGUCUGUGUCCAUGCUGGCCCUGCUGCUCACCGUCCUGGUGCUGUCCUGCCUCAGGGGCCUCAAGUCCAACACCCGCUCCAUCCACUCCAACAUGGCCGCCGCCAUGCUGCUGUCUGAGCUCGUCUUCCUGUUCGGCAUCAACCAGACUGAGCAGCAGUUCCUGUGUACGGUGGUGGCUAUCCUGCUGCACUAUUUCUUCAUGGCCACGUUUGCCUGGCUGUUUGUGGAAGGGCUCCACGUCUACCGCGUGCAGACAGAGGCUCGCAACAUCAACUACGGAGCCAUGAGGUUCUACUAUGUCGGGUGGGGUGUGCCUGCCAUCAUCACAGGUUUGGCGGUAGGGCUGGACCCUGAGGGCUAUGGGAACCCAGACUUUUGCUGGAUCUCCAUCUACGACAAACUCAUCUGGAGCUUCGCUGGACCCAUCGCCAUCGUGCUCCUGAUAAACGGUGGGAUGUUUCUGAUUGUGGCGCGCAUGUCCUGCAACCCCUCCCAGAAAGAGACCAAGAAACUACCUGUCAUUGCCACUAUACGCAGUGCCUCCCUCCUGCUGCUAGAGAACCUGCUGGCCCGCCAGACCUUGGAACACAAUCUGGACAUACUGGACUACAAACCUGGAGUGUGGCUAUGUGAGGACUCGGACUCAGACUCGGAUCUCUCUUUAGAAGAGGAACGUAGUCUCUCCAUCCCCUCCUCCGAGAGUGAGGACAACGUUCGUCUCCGUGGACGCAUCCAGCGACGCUUCAAACGCACCAAUCACAGUGAGCGGCUUCUCACAGAGCCCGCCCACAACGGCACCAAAGAUCUGGAUGGCAAUGAUCUGCUCUCCUAUUGGCCAGCGCUGGAGGAGAGUGAGGUCCACUCCCUGCAGAAGUGGGGCUCAGAGCGCCGCCUAGGGGCUGACUAUAGCAAGGACGCCACCAACAACAACCAGCCUGAGGCGGCACUGACCAGCGGGGACGAGAACGGCCUGACAGGACAGUCCAACCGCCACCGCAAGGGCAUCUUGAAGAACCGCAUUGACUGUCCCCCGGCCCUGCAGGGUCUCUCCGCCACGGGCCAGGUCCCCAGCGAACUCUCCUGGUACCGCACCUCCACCCUGGGCCACAGGGGUGUCCCGGCAGCCUCCUAUGGCCGCAUGUACUCUGGGACAGGCUCCCUGUCUGGUACGGGCUCCUUGUCCCAGCCCGCCUCCCGCUACUCCUCCAGGGAGCAUCUGGACUCUCUGGCCCGCCGCCAGCUCUCCAGAGACCCCCUCGGCCGCCAGGCUGGAGGAGGAUCCCAGAACCGUCUGGACCGCCAGGGCCCCCGGGACAACCUGGACCUGCUGCCCCGCCGCCGUGAGCCGGGCCUAGACAGAGCCUCCAGGGAGAACCUGAGCAGCUCCAGAGACAGACUGGAUGUCCAGCAGCACAGCGCCCACGCCUCCCGGGAGGACUUGAGUGGGAAUGGGGGUGUGGAGCCCAGUCUGGGAGGGUCGCGCUCCCAGCUCAACACCCUGACGCGGCGCCAGGCCUCCUCCCGCGAACACCUAGGAGGAGCGCUGAUGAGCAGCCGCUCCCGUGAACAGCUGGAGGCCAACGGGGGCGGCGGGGUGACCCAGUCCCAGCCCUGCAGGGAGUGGCUUCGCACCCUGCCCCCCCGCCAGCACUCACACCCUGACCAGCCCCCGCCCUCCUCCCCUCCGGCCCCCAUCAGCGAGGAACCCCAGGAGCCCCCCCUACCCCGCCGCGGCCGGCUGGACUCUGCCCCCCUGUGUAGGUACCCCCUCCCUGCCCCCGGCGCCCCACCCAGCCGCCACCCGUCCAGCGAGCACCUGGACAUCCUGUCCUCCAUCUUGGCCUCCUUCAGUUCCUCCGUGCUCACCCCUCCAGCCCCCUCCUCUGCACAAGGACCCUCCCCCUCCCCGCCCCACUCCGCCACCUCCCACAGCAUCUCUGAGGUCUCCCCAGACUCUGAAGUCAACAGAAGUGAAGGACAGUCUUGAUGACACCCUCCAUAUCCCACAAUGCAUUAUGUUUUGUAUUGGGGAUACCAAGGACUGUGUGGGGGCCGGGGAGAGGUCAAGGAGCACCCUGGACUGCUGAAGCACCCUGGGAUACUGGAGGAUCUAAGUGUUGAAGAAAGGCAGACAGUGAGAUGUGAGAUGAGUUUGGAGGUGCUUGGUUCGUUCUGUUGACUAUUUUCUGUUACAACCAGCACCAAGUAUGGGGAGGAGGGCUAUACGAUGGAUGGCUGGCUACCUACCUUAGCUACUAAUGUUUAAUGAACUUCGAUCCUCAGAUUUAGUCAUGAACACAAGGAUCGGAAUUGAACCGCUAAGAAAAAGAUGAACCUGUACAUAACAUUUUUAUACAUUUUGUAUCUUUUUCAUCAGAGACGAAGAAAAAAAACACGGACGUUUUUGAAGAUUGCGCCCAUGUGCGGUUGUGAACGAGGUGUGAAUGGAAUCUGUCGCUAGGGGCAAAAGCCCUUGAAUCAAAAUACCGUUAUCCUGAAAAGUUUCCUCAAACACGUCAGCUAUAUGUAUAAAACUAGGGACAGGGGUCGGUUAGUGUUGAUUGGAUGAGACUGUGAGACCUGAGACAUGAUAGGACGAGGAAGGUGUUGGGGGGCGGGUGAUUGUAAACAGGAACGAAUUCUAUGGAAGCGGGAUCUGACAGAACAAAUGAUUGUGAACAAGAAAGAACGCGAACAUACUUUGAUAUUUGAGAGGCUUGAUUAUCUCAUUCUUCAGUUGGUCAGGUUACUGUUUGGAUGGAAGUGCUCCUGUUAAUCCAAGGAAAGACCCACUGCAUUUGAAUGUCAGCCGUCUAUUCUGCAGCAUCAUACAUCUCUCUCUGUGCUACUAUAUAUCAGAAAACAAAACACCAGUACCGUUUCAUAUCUAAUAGUUUCUCUGCCUGAUAUUUGGUCCAUUUUAGUGUACAAAACCCUCUGUUGGGAAAAUGGUCACGUGUACCGGGUUACAGGGGUAUGAGAGGUAAAGAGAGAGAGAACACGUUUAGGUGACCACGAAAAGUCCUAAAGUGGUGUUACAUAUUGGCUCGGAGAUUAAAAGGCAGAUCAGAGGAAGAGGAGUGCGUCACCUGUGCACCAGUUGUUCCCGGGAUCAUAACAGGAGAACACAUUGCACAUGUAAUAACACGAUACUUAACAGGCGCGUGGAACAGGAAAAAAAGUGGGUCAAAAAGAAAUACGAGUGAAAAAGACGGAAGGAACCGAGGGACUAUUACUCAUUAGAGGAAGGACGAAAAGACAGGUUGUAGAAAGAAAACGACUCGUCUCUCACACCGGCGGUCUGCAAAUCUCUUUCCAACGACCUGCUUUAAUCUUUUUAUGUCUUUGGGUUGUGGUAAGUUAAUAUAAAUGUGACAGUAUUAUUGCCAAAAAUCUCCCCAGGGUCCCCGAUAUCCAUCCUUAGCUAUAUUCAACUGCUCCAGUUCUUUUGCCACUGGUCAGUUKUUUUGUAUAUGAUUUAUUAUUGCAGUACCUUUAACUUGUACAGACAUAAGAUUUAUAUUAUUUAUUACUUUGUCAUUUUGUGUGAGAGUAUGUUAUUUAUAAAAGAGAGUAUGCAAGCGGUAUUUGUUCAAAUGUAGUUUUUUUUUUUUUUUAACAUGUAAUGUUUCGUAUGAGCUGACUCCCACUGUGACAAACUGCAUUGAGAGAAAAGGAAGUGUGAGAGAGAAGAGGGAAGUCAUUGAAGUGUAAUGAUGGAGGGAGGGAGAGAGGAACGGGGGACUGUCAGUUUGUGUGCUUAUUCUGGGGUAUAUGCUGUCCCGUCGGCAUGGGGGGAAUUUGAAACAGCUGCUCCUCGGUUACCAACAUAAAAAUAAGAAAUAUUCCUAA